CUGGUCAUUUCUCCUGGCUGUUGUGAAUCAGCUGGGAAGGUUCUGUUUUUGCAGAGGGUGACACGAGUUGAUCGCUGAAUGUUAGUUUAAGAACUGAAAACGGCCGAGAAUGAAAUUCAGAUGUCAGCAGACACAACCAGUCGCGGUUAAUCGGACUGUCGCUUUGCGCACCGACUGAUUUUUUUUUAACAAAACUGCUGCACCCCUAUUGCUAUUUAAAGAAAAAAAAGGUUAUUUCUGCAGGAGGUCGCUUGAUGUCAGGCAAUGUGAACAACAUCGAGCGUCCGAAAUUGUGCAUUGUGAAUGGCUUUCGGUGCAAAGGAGAGUGAACAAGGGGAGUUCUGCUUCUGCAUGUUGCUUAAUGUUGCUAUGGCAGCCACAAGAUUGUUCGAUACUUCUGAUGCAGUGGAACUCUUUGCCCCCCAGUGCCUGUACUUAAAGCCGAUUGCAAGGCUGACAAUCAGUGUGAUGUUUCCUGAGUCCAAGAUAUCCCCAAGGCUCGUUUCAAACUGGGAAGUGAUGGAGAUUCUGAAGAAAAUGGCGUACCCAGAUCAGAUUACAUCACUCAAAGUCUCGCGAAGUACAAUGGACUUUAUUCGCUUUGAAGCAGAAGUUGAAAAUAAGAACCAAGUUCAAACUGUAUGGGAAAAGUUCAACAACAAAACCAUUAAGAUGAACGGUAUCAAUGAGACAGCGAAGGUUCUGGCUGUUGUAACUCAAGUCAACUUUCCAAGCCCGUGUGACUGGGAGUCCUUUUUUAAGAUGGCUGACUGCAUGAAUGAGGCCUUACCUGGUGAGAGACCUGAUACCAUUCACAUGGAAGGGCUGCCUUGCAAGUGGCUUUCUUCAAAGCAGCUCAAUAGGGAGAAGCCAAUGGAAGAGAUCCUUCAAAAAGUUUUUGGAAGGUUUGGAGAGAUUCGAAAUGUUGACAUUCCCAUGUUGGAUCCUUAUAGAGAGGAAAUGACAGGAAAGAAGUUCAAUACAUUCAGUCUUGGCGGACUCCCCACCUUUGAAGCAUACAUCCAAUAUCAGGAUUGUGCGGGCUUUGUGAAGGCUAUGGAGUCUUUACGGGGAAUGAAGUUGAUGCACAAAGGGGAUGAUGGAAAGGCACUGGCAUGUAACAUAAAGGUGACCUUUGACACAACCAAGCACCUUAGUGACUCGGCCAUUGAGAAGCGGAACCUGGAAAGGUUAAAGCUGCAAGAGCUGGAGAAGCAGCGGGAGGAGCAAAAACGGAGGGACAAGGAAGAGGAGCAGGCCAAAGAGGCUGAACGGAGACGUAGGGAAGACGAGCGGGAAAGGGAGAGGAGACGGAAAGAAAAGCUCAGGAGGAGGGAACACAGGCAGAGAGAGCGGGAGGAGAGACGCCGCCUGCGCAAACAGUGGAAGAUAAAAACGGGGAACGAAAAAGAGCAGAAGGAGGCCACUGCCUGGGAAGAGAGAAAACUGGUGUUAGCACAGAGGAAGCUGGACUCGUACAGGCUCCUCACGGUGCUCUUAAACAGUGCAAAAUUGUUCUUGCAAAAAGAAAUGAGGUUUCGAAAGAGACAGCUUCCUGAGAGCGACACAGCAAACUGUAACCAGAAAAAGCUGAAAUGUGAACACGUGGAAGAAAAUGAGCGACUGAAACCAGGUGAAGAUGUCGCCGGAAAGGAAGGUUUUCAAAAAGUGGAGACUGAAGAAUGGAAGAAGAUUAAGAUGGUGCACAAAAUCACUGAUGAGAAGCACAAGUCACUUACUGGAGCAAAUGAGCCUUUGAGAUCACAAACCAACAACUUUCCAUUCACAACCUCACUGAUAGACAUGAUUCCUGUUGACUCCAAAGAACAGCAUGGCCCUGUCAGGGAAAAGGGCACAACAUCCCAUGAAUCUGGAUCAUUGCAAAUUACUGUGAUUCAAGAUUGUGGUGCACACUUAUAUAAUCAGCAUACAGGUGGCUACAAUAAUUACCUGUGCAAUCGACACUCGCGUAAGGUCACCACUGUGGAUCGGCAGAUUCGCCAUCAGCUUUACAGCUAUGAAGAUUUUGUCAGUUGCUUGCUGGAUUACCAUCAGCUUGCCUGCCCUUCAGAUCUCACCCGUGCAAAUAUCUGCCUUGAUACCAGCAGCUCAGGAAACCACUCUGAGUGGCGGAGGAUAGUCUCUGACAAUGGGGAAAGCUUCAGAAUAGAUUUGAAGAAUAAAUCGAACCAUCUUUGCACCAAGGUUAGCGCCACACCACAAAACAGGUGGCACGAUUAUGACCACAACAGCAAUUACCGGUGGACAAUCACUAUCAGUGAGUCUGGUGCGAAGCAGAAAGCCUCCAGCAGUAGUACUAACCAUCAGCUGAACAACUAUAACAGAGAGUUCCAGUUGCAGUGGAAGGAUUUAGACAGCCAGUUGGAUUUUCGGAAAGAUUUAACUGGUGGGAGUCAACUGCACUUAAAAGAUAUAGUUGGUGUCUCAGAGAACAGUUGUGUUGCCUCUGACUAUAGCUUUAAAAACCAAGAGGGGAAAUUGGUCAGUAACCCUGAGAAUCUGUAUUGCAGCACCAAGGAUCUGUGGAUAUCUUCCCAUUCAGGCUCCAAAGAACCAUGGAAAAAUCCCACUACCAACUGGAAAAUUUCAAUUAAAAACACUCAGAACAAUGUGGCUCAACCAAGGCUAGAGGACAGUAAUCAGUCCAGGAAUUCAAGCAAGAAGUACAACCCCCAACUGAAAUCUCAUUGCAAGGUAACCAAGAUUGAACCAGGUUGUCCCAAGCAAGAAUGCACAGAUGAGCUGAAGCAAUCAAAUAAAACAGUAAAGCGCAUUCAUAAGGAUAACGCUUGUGAGUUCAGUGCUGUACAGAGCUGGUCAAAUUGCAAGUCAGGAAUUCACCAAGAAGCCUUGAACCACAAGCCUAACAAAAAAUCUCAAACAUGCAGCAAUGACACAAAGCCAGCUCCCAGUGGAUCCAGGAGUGAACUAAAAUAUCCUUGGAAAGAAAAUGAAAGCAAGUUAAAGGAAGAGCUUAACAAUUCUGGCAAACCUUGUAGGGGGCACCAGAGGAAAGACUUAUGGGAUGGUGAAGGAUCUGGGAAAAAGCUUAGCAAUGUGUCGGAUUUGGGUAAUCAGCUGUCUAGUGGCUCUGAAGUCUUCAGUGAUGAAGCAAAGCACAAAAUAAAGGAAAGCAACACAGUGAUCAUAGUACAUCCCAAAGACAAGCACUGUAAACGUAAGAAUCAUCUCAUGGAUUCUAAUAGAGAUAUGAAAACCCAUUGGAAAGGUCUUUCUGCUUCAUCUCAGCAUGUGAAGAAUGAAUGGAUAGAUAAUUAUUGCUCUUAUGAAAGGGGUUUUAGCAUUCACCAUGGUUGCUAUGGAAAUUAUUCUUGGCCUCACGAAAGAGAUUUUGGGCAUCAUUAUUACCAUUCUCAAACAGAAGCAAAUGGAAACCAGACAUACUUUCACAAGCAGCUUGGUUUUGAUGAUGCGCUUUAUGAUGAUAACAGAAAUGGGCAAAAAAUGAAGAAGCAUGAAAAUGAUACAAACAAAUUUCAUCUCCGUAAAUAAGCAAAAGGAUUAAAGUGAAUAAAAACAACUUAGGAGGUCUAAGCACAGUGAAGCUCAUGCAUCAUCAUAUCUUCUAUAAAUUAGUGACCUAAUCUGCUUAUUUUAUCCAAAGCACCAUCCAUAAAAAACAGAUUUCCAUAUGAUUUGACUUGUGCUAUUACAAUAAAACCCAUUUAAAUACAUUGAUGCUUUUCUAGGCCAAAGCACUUCAAUUAAUCUGAUUUGAACAAAGUAGCAUAUUAAACCUAGCUUAGGUAUGAAUUGACAUAUGGUCGUGUAAAUGCAAUAUUGUAGCCUGUUUGAUUGACCAGCAAUCAUUCUCUUUCUGCGAACAUGUUUGAGAGAACAAAUUCUAUAUUUGGGAGUCAACGUAGAAAAGGAUGCACUCCAGAUAUUUGGCAACCAAACGAAAUAGGAACAACAUAAUAAGUGUUCCCCGAAAAUUACAUUUAAACUUCUCCCUUCUCAUUAAUAUUUUAUCUUAGCCAACAUUGUCCCCGCAAAAACAAUCUGGUCAUUUACCUUGCUACUUUCUUGGGAGCUUGCUGUGCGCAAAUUGGCUGCAACAUUUGCCUAUGUUACCACAGGGCAACACUUAAAUAGUUAAUUGACUAUGAAGUGCUUUGUGACAUCCUGGGGAUGUGAAAGGUGUUAUACAAUUGCAAGUUCCUAUUACAGUGAACAAAGUCAGUGAUACAGCAGGCUUUGUACUGGAACAGAGGACAUAAGCUUUAUUAUUCUCUGGUCCUGGUUCCUACUUAAACUCUGAUACUCCAGUGAAUUAGCGUGGCAUAGACCUAACUUUAAUUGCAACCCUCACAGCACAACAUUAUUUCAACCUUUUUUCUCUCUUCUCAGACUUUUAGUUCUAGCCAAAGGCUAAUUUAUUAGGGGAAUAUGGUUUUCCCAAUGAGAGGGCACCACUGUACCAUUUAGCUUGACAACCCACUUCAUAAAAAUGUAAUGGUUCUUGUUUUUCUUUGUUAAAUGUUUACUUUUGGUAGUUAAAUGACUCAAAUUAAAUCAAAAUAUGAAUAUAAAAUGUU